AUGAGUCAAUCUCUCCGGCCCUACCUCCAGGCUGUUCGGUCUUCUUUGACCGCGGCUCUUACGAUCUCCAACUUCGCCUCUCAGACAUCCGAGCGGCACAACUGCCCAGAGGUCGAAGCAAAUUCUUCGCCCGAGAUUCUACUGAACCCGCUGCACAUCAGCAGGAAUGAAAAUGAGAAGGUCAAAAUUGAGCCAAGCUACAAUUCUGUACGCAUAAGUAUCAGAAUCAAGCAGGCUGAUGAGAUCGAGCACAUUCUUGUUCACAAAUUCACUCGGUUCCUCACCCAGCGAGCGGAAUCGUUCUUCAUUUUGCGCCGGAAGCCAGUGGAGGGAUAUGACAUCAGUUUCCUCAUCACCAACUUCCAUACGGAAAAAAUGCUUACCCACAAGCUAAUUGAUUUUGUGAUUGAAUUCAUGGAAGAGGUAGACAAGGAGAUUUCGGAGAUGAAGCUCUUCUUGAAUGCCCGUGCUCGAUUUGUUGCCGAGUCUUUCCUGACACCGUUCGAUUAA